AAGUUAACCGACAGGGUUAAGCACAGAACUGUAGGAGUUGCAUCAGCAGUCAUUACACCCCCACACUAGUGAAAUGUAGCUGUGUGCUGGUUGUUGUGUACACUACUUUCUUUGGGAAGAAAAGGUGGUUUCCUUUGGUUCUAGGUGUAUUUUCCUAGGGGUAGGAUGUUCAGGAAGACUUUCUCCGAAGGAGUGCAGAUAAUUAACUUAUAUUCCGCUCAAAUGUCUACUUCAAAUAUGUUUCGCUCCUUUUAGUUUUUUUUUUUUUUUUGGGCAGUGCAUUUCAUAUAUUUUGCUUGGCUGUGGGAUACCAAGGAAAACCUUCGCGAUGGAGCUUUUCACAUCAGUGGUACCAGCACUCACGGUGCUUUGUAUUCAGCAAUAUCGGAUUAUAAGAGCAAUGAAUGACAUCGGAGAUUAUGUUGGUACAGACAUUCAGAUAGCCUGGUUACCAAAUCUGGAUGAUUUGAUGAAAGGGUAUGCUCGAAAUUUCCGCCCUGGAAUUGGAGGUCCACCAGUCAAUGUUGCUUUAGCUAUUGAAGUUGCAAGCAUUGAUCACAUCUCUGAAGCCAACAUGGAGUAUACUAUGACAGUGUUUUUGCGUCAAAGCUGGCGAGACAAAAGACUUUCCUACAACCACACUAACAAAACUUUGGGAUUGGACAGUCGCUUUGUGGACAAGCUCUGGCUGCCUGAUACGUUUAUAGUGAAUGCUAAGUCAGCAUGGUUUCAUGAUGUCACAGUAGAAAACAAAUUAAUUCGACUUCAGCCUGAUGGUGUCAUUCUGUAUAGUAUCAGGAUCACAUCAACAGUGGCCUGUGACAUGGACCUCACAAAGUAUCCAAUGGAUGAACAGGAAUGCAUGCUGGAUUUGGAAAGCUAUGGCUAUUCUUCAGAAGACAUUGUAUACUACUGGUCAGAGAGUCAAGAGCAGAUUCAUGGGCUGGACAAACUGGAGCUUUCCCAGUUCACUAUCACCAGCUACAAGUUUACCACAGACAUGAUGAACUUCAAAUCCGCAGGUCAGUUCCCCAGACUAAGUCUUCACUUCCACUUGAGAAGAAACCGAGGUGUCUACAUCAUACAGUCCUAUGUGCCGUCCAUCCUAUUGGUAGCUAUGUCCUGGGUCUCAUUCUGGAUUAGCCAGUCAGCAGUGCCUGCCAGAGUAUCUCUAGGUAUUACAACAGUUUUGACUAUGACUACAUUGAUGGUUAGUGCUCGUUCCUCACUUCCCCGAGCUUCCGCUAUAAAAGCACUAGAUGUUUAUUUCUGGAUAUGCUAUGUGUUUGUGUUUGCUGCCUUAGUGGAAUAUGCCUUUGCACACUUCAAUGCUGAUUAUGCAAGAAAGCAGAAGACAAAGAUAAAGGAACGCAAACCUAAUACAGAGUCACUGAUGAAAAAUGGAAAGCAAGCCAUGGUCCUGUUUUCCGUAUCAGUCACAGGAGUGAACCCUGGGCUAGCAAUUUCUAAUCGCCAGCACAGAACCCAGAGGAUAAAUACUGGGCCUCAUGGAACAGGAGAAGUAGAGAAAGGCAAGACUGAAAGGAAACAGCAAUCCAACCUUGAGAAGAAAAGAGGAUUAAAGUCCAUAUUCAAGCCCAUUGACACUGACACCAUUGACAUUUAUGCCAGGGUGGUGUUUCCAGCAGCAUUUGCAGCUGUCAAUGUUAUCUACUGGAUUGCUUACACCAUGUAGUUACAAUUCAAAACUAAAGUAAUGGUCUAGACUGCAGGAGAGUAUGAAAUAGGGAAUGUGCCAGCAGAUAGCCCACAUAAAAGCACAAAGUAAAACCAGCACUUCUAUAGUGGGACCUUUUACCCUUCCUCAGAAAGAGUAUAUGACAUCGUGCCUGCAAUAUCAGAAGGCCCUUUUAUUAUCCGGCAGAGACCAGUACUGCUGCAAACUGAAAUUUCAAAUAACUAAGCAGGACAUAUCCAUUCUUCUUUUUUCACAGCAGUCAAAUGUGUUGUCUAUGUAUUGAAGGAGCACUAUGUAGUAGAAAGAAAACUGUUUCUUUGUGGCAUAUAUUAUUUUAAAUACUUUAAUCCAUUUUUGCACUCAGUUUGGCUGCCUGCGGGAAAAUAUCAUUACCUGGAAGACACCACUGAAUAAAGGUGAUGUUUUCCUCACUUGCUUUUGUUGAUGAGGACUGUCUAUAAACUCAUGAUUUGAAAGAUCAAAUGGGUUUUAAGUAACGAAAAUGUAUAGUGCAUAUUUAUUUGAUGAAUUCUAUAAAGCUAUUGUGGUUAUAGUUUAACAAAUGUUUAGCAUCUGCAGUAACCUUUUCUAAUACAAUUAAAAAUGGUGUGAGCAGACUCCACUGAAAUUCUUGGUUGCUUUAAGGCUACAAGCUACAGCUUCACAAUUUUUAUAGGUUUCUAGGGAUUUUUUUCUAUUAUAGCUUCUUAAAUUAUUACUGGUACAUGAGAUGUGAGAAUUUGACUCGAGGAAUGUCACCUGUGUAUCCGUGUAAAGAAUAUUUUGCAUGCUUUUGCAGAGGUAAACACCAAGUAUGAAGCUAAGGAUUAUUAUGUACUGAAAAUGUGUAAGUCAUAUUAAAAUGAGCUUUGCAUAAGCAUUUUUUUAA